AUGGCAUCCUCCGAGCACAAAAAGCCACUCACCCAUGCUGCCUUACGUGAGAAAUUACUGAAGGAAGAAGAGAUGCUGGCAAAAUUUAAAGAGUUUUCUAAAUUUCUUCAAAGGUCGAAACAUGACCGAGACAUGUGCCUGGAGCUGAAAUCACAGGAAGACAGGUGUUUUGCAAGAAGCAGGAAGAGGCACCAAACAGAAAUGAAAGAAGAAAUGCACUAUGCUAAUAAACAGCUGAUGAUGCUUCGACGGGCAGCUUUAAAGAAUCUCCUAAGUAUUGAACACCUGCAAUACCAGCUGGAAUUUAACCAUUUGGGAAUGUCAUUCUAUGCUGAAAGGCUCUGA